UCUGAGCCUCUUCGCGUCGUUCAUGUUUACGUAACUGCUAUUACUAUGUAUUUCAACAUGAGGCUACACAGGACAUGUCUUUUUCUGUCUAUGAAAAUCGUCCUGGCUAUUGUGACCAGAGAGCCAUCGUGUCUGACUUGUUCCAGAUAUGACUUUGAAGAGCGCCUUCUUGAGAGGGUCCUCCGCAAUUAACUGGUCAUCGAAACAAUGCUGAAGGAAGUACACGAGACUAAUGUCAAGGUGGAAUCGGCGUUGAAAUUGAUACAUGCAGAUAAAAGUAUACUAGAGGAUACUCUUAACAGUUUGGAAAAAUCGAGAACAGAUAUGAACGCAGAUUUACAAAAGGCAAUCACAACCGCGAUGACAAACAUAUACAUGCUGUAUCCGAGAUGACACAAAAUACGUCAAUUACCGGGUUGCAGUUGAAGAAGGAAACCGAAAUCUUAAAAGACCAGUUGACGAUUCCAUUUAUCUAUUUCCACGCAUACACGCCAGCAGACUUCAGUCUCGAUCAAGGUCAGGGCGUUGUCUAUACCCAUGCGAGGAUCAAUGAAGGUCAAGGCUAUGACCCGAAAACCGGCAUUUUCACCGUGUCAGUUCCUGGAUUGUAUCUAUUCACAGUUCAAUAUUGUGUUUAUGCAUCAACAAAUGCUUACUUCGCGAUCGUCCAUCAAGGAACUCGCAUACAGCCAUCUUUCACUCAAUAUGUUACCAGCAAUUUCGCGACCUUUUCUAUGCAGGUCUUCGUCAGGGCCGCCAUGUCCAACCAGAUCUGGGUGGAAUCAUAUCACGCAAAAACCCAGUUAUCUACCUGUUUCUUCGGUGUGGAAAAUUCGUUUUCCGGUGCACUGAUUCAUAUGUAAACUGGUGUUGUUAACCGAAAGUGUUAUUGUAGAUGGUGUCUCUUGAUAACGCUUACUUUUUGCCAUUUACAUACAUUAUGUCGGUAGAAUAUCGUGAAUUAGUGACACCGGAUACGUGGUAGUUCGUGACACAAAAUAGUAUUUAAUGCCCAGCGGAUAUUGUUUAAUAAUCUAUUCGGAGAAUUACUUUGGUUCUUGUGUA